AUGGAAGAACCAUACCAGGACCAUACCCCCCAAGAACCCUCCAGAGCAGAGCGCUUCCAUGCCACACACCUCGCCGCCCGGCACGGCAACUACCACCAGUACUACGCCAAGUUCCGGGCACCCACAGUCCCCGAUGAACGCCUUUCACUUCUCCCACCAGACGUCCUGCACAAUGCACGGGUCAUAGACCUGGGCUGCAACGCAGGGAAACUCACCCACGAGGCAAUCACGCACUGUGGCGCAGCGGCCGCCGUGGGCGUCGAUAUCGACCCGUGGCUGGUCGAGCAGGCCAAGACAGCGUACCCGGACGGGCCGUGCACGUUUGAGCACUUUGAUUUCGUGGAUGCGGCUGCGUAUAGGGGUACGGCGCUGGGGACGUUCGAUGUUGUCUUGUUGCUUUCCGUUACUAAGUGGGUUCAUUUGAAUAGUGGGGAUGAGGGGAUGUUGGCGCUGUUUAAGCGUAUACGGAGUAUUUUGAAUGAGGGGGGGUAUUUGGUUGUUGAGCCGCAGCCGAUGAGCAAUUAUGCGAGGGCUUCGAAGAGGAAUAAAGAAUUGAGAGAGACGUAUAAGAAUAUUCAGAUUAAACCGCCAUUCGAUGAGGAGUUGAAGGCGCAGGGGUUUGAGAGGAUACUUGAAUUCGAGAGGGAUGAGGAGGGCUUUGCUAGGCCUGUACAUAUUUGGAGAAAAAGUAUCAUGAGACCCCAAAUGAACCAAACGGAUUGA